UAAACAGUUAACGAGACGUGUCAAUGACAAAGCACGGCUUUGACUCCUCCCUGUAACGAGUAUCACAUGUAGGAAGUGAACACGGGAGUUGUGACCUCUAGGAUUUGUACGGGCCGGCUUGGAGCAUGGGCGGAGCUAUGUGACAUCACCACUGCAUGCGGUUAGUGCAGUGUUGCCUGUACCGUACAGGUUUGUAAACUUUGGAAAGCAGCAGGAAGAAGCGAAGAGGAAUCCAACAGAAACAAAUUAUUUCGAAAAUUUAGUUUUCCUGCUAGAAAUGGGGUCCUUAUUAUCUAGAUCUAUGGAUGCAAACAUGAAGAAACAGCAGGAAUUCAUGUUAUUGAACUCCCAGCUUCAGUUAGAAAGGCAGAUCCAGAUGCAAAAUCUGAUGCGAGAGAAGCAGAUGGCAAUGCAGAUUGCCUGGACACGGGAGUUUUUGAAGUAUUAUGGUACAUUUUUCAGUUUAGCUGCACUUGGAUUAACAGCAGGGGCAAUAAAAGGAAAGAAACCAGGAUUAUGUAUUCCUAUUAUACCACUGGGAUUUGUUUUUGCAUACCAAUAUGAUAUGGGCUAUGGGACCCUAGUUCACAGGAUGAAAGGUACUGCUGAAGAUAUUCUUGAAAAUGAGAAUCAUUUACUAGAAAUGCCACAGGGGUUACCAACUUUUGAGCUGAUUGAAAAAGCAAGGAAAGCUCAAAGAAAGUUCUUUUUAGAAAAGUAAACAUCCAGUAAAAACAAAACACAAAAGGAAGGUUGUAAAAUAUAUAUAUAUAUAUAUAUAUAUAUAUAUAUAUAUAUAUCUCAAUGUGUGUAUGUCCCAGCAUCACUUCCAAACCAAGAAGAGAUAUUAACAUGAAAUUUAAUAAUUUAAUUUAAUUUAACCUUUACCCACCCCAAUUUGCGAGAGUCUGGGUUUUUAUUUAAAGUCACAUACAAGUCUAUGGGAAAUAUAUGUUACUGCAUAAUUUCCAAACAGCUGCGGAUAUUUUGAUAAUACUUGGUCACAUGUUACUUAUAUGUCAAAUAAAAAUAUAUAAUAGUUAAAUUAAUAGAAGAAGGUGGUGGGACAGCACCGGGGUUCGACCUCUGUGCCCGUGGUUGCCCAGGCAGCCAGCCCAGGAUAUUUGUACAAGCAGUCCAAAAUCACAGCAACAGACAGGUCAAGG